AUAACGUGUGGCAAUGGCUGCUGUAUAUUCUGGCAUUUCCCUGAAGCUUAAGAGCAAGACAACUUCCUGGGAAGAUAAACUAAAGCUUGCUCACUUUGCUUGGGUUUCCCACCAGUGCUUCCUUCCAAAUAAAGAACAAGUUUUACUUGAUUGGGCAAGACAGUCAUUGGUUGCAUUUUAUAAGAAAAAACUUGAACUGACAGAAGAUGUUGUUGAAAGGCUUUGGGCCUAUAUAGAUAACAUUCUACAUAGCAGAAAAUUGCAGAAUCUUUUCAAGAAUGGAAAGACAAUCAAUCUUCAGAUCUCCCUCGUCAAGAUCAUCAAUGAGAGAAUAGCUGAGUUCUCUCUUUCAGGAUCCCAAAGAAACAUCUCUGCUGUCCUAAGCAGCUGCCGGGGCAUCCUCUCUACGCCUGCCCUGGCUGUCAUCUACACGGCCAAACAAGAACUGCUGGUGGCCUUGCUGAGCCAGCUGUGCUGGUCAGCCUGUAGGCAGCCAGAGGGAGCUGUGGCAGUCCCACUACUUGAGGUCAUUCACCUAGCCUUGGGCCAGUACCUCUUGAUUCAGCAGCAGCAGGCCAACCCAAGACGUGUCUUUGGGGAGGUGACUGGGCACUUGCUCCAGCCCUGCCUGAUCCUGAGGCACCUUCUCUCUGGGGGUACUUGGACACAGUCUGGCCAGGGCCAGGUGCCCCAGGUGCUCAGCCGGGAAGUCAGAAGUAAGCUUGAGGCUGUGCUUCGAGGGGGAAUUUUUCAGCUUGAUAUGCUCUCUUCCUACACAGAGGAGCUUCUGGGCCAGCAGCAAAGAGACACAAAGAUCGGGACCCCAAAGAGUCUUCUCACUCCCCUGGACACAGUGGUGACCAGACUGCUAGAUGCUGGCCACUGUGAACUGCACCUUCAUGCCACCGUUGUGGCCACCUCAGUCGCUGUGUUGUACAGGCUGUUUCUGGAUUCUUACCUCAAGGAGGGAAACCAGUUUCUCUGCUUCCAGGCUCUCCCCAGGCUGUUUGGCUGCCUGCGAAUUUCACACCUGCAAGAGGAGCCAGGGAAAACCAUGUCUACACCAGAUUGGACCACAGAGCUUCUGGUAGUGGAGCAGCUGCUAAGCUCAGUGGCUAGCAGCAACAUCUACAAUGUGGCCACUGACAGGAUCCGACAUGGGGAGGUGCAGUUCCACUUCUACCGUGGGGUGGCUGAGCUGCUGAUAAACCACCCACAAGCACCCGUGCCAGCCUGGUUCCGCUGCCUCAAGAUUUUGAUAUCUCUCAAUCAUUUGAUUCUGGAGCCAGAUCUAGAUGACCUGUUGUCUUCAGCUUGGAUUGAUGUGGAAGUAACAGAGUUUCGAACCAAAAAAGCCCAGGAGGUGCUUAUUCACACCCUCUUCCAGACAUAUGCCAAACUCCGACAGUUGCCACAGUUGUUUGAAGAACUUUUGGGAGUGAUCUGCCGCCCAGCUGCGGAGGCACUGAGGCAGCCUGUGCUGGCUGCAGGCCCCUCUGCUGCUCUCUGCACAUGCCUCCUGGAACUGCCACCAAGUCAGGUCUUGGACAUGUGGUCCCUCGUGCUGGACAAGUUCCAGUCUUUAAUCCUGCCCUGUUUGCAGAGUGAUGUCGACAUGGCCCUGAAGUCUUUGUCCCUCAGCUCACUGCUACACUGUGUCAUGUUCAACAUGCCCAGCCUGGAUAGUAGCACACCCCUGCCUGUCAUCCGACGGGCACAGUGUAUGAUGGAGAGGGUGCUGGGAGAGCUUGUGAAGCCCCUUCUGGCCCUCCUCCUGGACACCCCAGGCCCAGAGUCUGAGCUAUGGCUACAGAAGGUGAGUGACUCUGCACUCCUGCUCUCUUAUACCUGGGCCCAGGUGGAUGCCAUGCUCAGUUUGAACUGUGGCCAGUAUUGCUCUGUGGCUGGGACCCAGCUGGAGAUCUCCAGCUGCCCUUCGUUGCUCCCAGGUGUGGAAACACGGCUUUGGAAGAAGGUCGAGAAGUUUACAGCCCAGUCCAGAUCUCUUGGUAGGUAUUGCUUAGAACAGCUCUACCUGCAGAGAAUGAGAAGGACACUGAUGCAGACUAGCUCCCAGUCCGAGCAAGUCCUCCAGACUUUGAGGUGUGAUGCUGCCUACAUUCUUGGUUCUGGCAGGGGCAGCUUGAGUUUAAGGAUGACAGCUUCCUGGGAUGGGCAAGUGGGAACAGUGAGUGCACCUACGUAUCCUGCAGCACACUGGCACUUGUUAGUGUCAAACCUCCCAAUAUUAAUACCCUACUUAUGUCUGGAUGAUGUCAGCUACCUGGCCAGAGUCCUGUUAAGAACUUUGCCAACCAGCCAAGCCCAGGGAGCCUCUGCAGAUGAAGAGCCAUCCAUCACACUCGAGCGAGUGUCCACAUCCCUCCUUCACAGCCCUCUCUUUCCAGAGAUGCAGUCCCUCCAUUCUGCCUUCCUGAUGUGCGUAGCUACAAGGUGUUCUAGUAUUCUAUGCUCCGGUUCCCAGAGUGGCCCAGGUCCUCUCAGCCAGCAGUUACCCUGGCUUUUUGAAAAGGACCACACAGUUAUGGCUAACUGGGAAUCCAGAUUUGCAAAAGUUGGACCUGAAGGUGUAGAACCAAGAGGAGAAAUUUCCCAGAACUUUCUGUCCCUGCUCAAGAGUGAUUUUCCCAUCCGGCUGGAGGAUGAACAGUUAGGAGACCUCCUGGGGCUUCUGAACAUUAUUUCUGCUCUGCACCUGGACAGCCUUUUGCCAUCCCAUCAUUUGCAUUACUUUCUUUUGCUACUGACCAUGGCUGUCAGCACACAGGGGCGUUCUUGUUCCUCCCUGGCCCUCCAGUUCCUGACGACCUGCUACCAGCUUCUUGGUUGCUUGCAGAGGGGAAGGAAUGCCCGCUGUGUAUUUAGAGUCAUGUAUGUCAGUGAUAUUUUUGAGAUUGUGCUAACCUCGUUGUUACCAGCCAGUGGUGGACUCUGUCUUGAGGUGGAUGACCCCUCUUGGCUGCAGUUCCUUCAGAUGGUGGGGUCAUUCUUGGAGCAGCUAAUGCAGUUGCUCAUCCAGAGCAGACUGAGCUUGGUGCUCAAUUUUGGGAAAAUCACCACAUUCCUCUCAAGGUGUAAAUUGCACACUGAGGCAGCUUUCAGUGAGCAAUUGGGAAACCAGAGCCCUCUGGGCAGCCAGCUGCUUCUGGUGUGUCUAACCAAGUUGUGCCAAGUCCUGGGGCCUCUUGUCAAGGACCGGAGGCAGCCGCAGGAGGCACCAGCAUCACUGCCCGAGUUGCUGCAGCAGGCUAUGCUGCAGAUGGCCACUGAACUGCAGCCAUGCUUGGUGCCAGGAACCAGGGGCCACUGCCUGCCCUCAGCACUCCUCUCAGCUGUUGCCACGCUCUUGGAAGUGGACCUAAGCCAUCACCCAGAUUGGGUUGGGAUUGCACAAGGGACGGACAGAGUAGUGCCCACCAACGCUGCCCUCUACCAGAGUGUUUACUCCCGACUGCUGUUGGAGUUGCCAGCCCUGGCAAGGGACACUCCGUCUUUCCAGGCAGCUUUGCAGUUUCUAACUCUGUUCUUUUCCGCCCCAGUGCUCCAUCCCUCAGAAGGAACUGUUUUUGCCUCUAUGCUUCAAGCCGUGAGGACAGUUCUUGCAGAUCCUGCCAUCCCUGCUCUGGCUGCCCAGGACAUUGAGCCUCACUUGGGAGCCCUAUUCACCCAGAUGUUGGAGGCUGGGACGAUGGAGGACUUUGGGCUGGUGGUCCGGUCUGUUCUCCAGGGGCUGGACAUCCGUCACGUGUGGACGGCAGACCUGCAGGCUGUUUUGUCUGCUGUCGGAUUGCUCAAGCUGCUACUAAGCUGCCCACUCAGUGGAGAGAAAGCGAGCCUGUUGUGGCGUGCAUGUCCCCAGAUAGUCUCAGCUCUGACGCUGCAAAGCCGAGAGGCUUGUCAGGAGCGGCCUGUGGUCCUCACAGUGGUCGAACCUGUUCUAGAUGUCCUGGCUCUCCUGCUGCGGCAGGGCGAGGAGGCCAUCAGCAACCCCCACCACGUCAACCUGGCCUUCAGUAUCCUGCUUACAGUCCCUCUGGAUCACCUGAGGCCACCAGAGUAUGGCAGAGUCUUCUUGGGGCUGCACAAUGUGCUCUUCUCCAUCCUACAGUGUCAUCCAAAGGUGGUGCUGAAGGCCAUCCCGUCUUUCCUGAACUCCUUCAACAGACUGGUGUUUUCAGUUAUGCACGAAGGGCGGCAGAAAGACAAAGGAUGUGCUGAUGACCUGCCAGUGGUCCUGGAGUGUGCGCGCCUGGUGGAGCGGAUGUACAGCCACAUUGCUGUGCGGUCCGAGGAAUUCACCACGUCGUCCCCCUUCCUGGUGGCCCAGUAUGUGUCGGAGGCGCAAAAGGUGACCUUGUACCCCGCUGUGAAGGACCUACUGCAGGAGGGCAUCUACCUCAUCCUGGACCUCUGUAUUGAGCCUGAUGUCCAGUUCCUCCGAGCCUCGCUACAGCCAGGGGCCAGAGACGUCUUUAAAGAACUGCACAGUGACUACCUCCGGUACCACAAAGCCAAGAACGAAGGAGAGAAGAGGUACACUGCCUAGGCCUCGCAACACAGUGUCUACCUCAGGGACCACAAAGCCGAGCAUGCAGAAGAGCAGAUAUACUACCUGGGCCACGCAGCAUAGCACCCCUGGGGAGUGUGUGGAUGGUGAGGGUCCUGAAUGUUCUGGUGCCAUGUUGACCUGUGGAAACUCUGUAUUCUUACAUCAUGUUUUUAAAAAUAUAUCUUCAGUAUGGUUCAGUCUGUCUUUUUGUCAUCACUUUUUACCUUUGUUUUGGGAUUGUAUCCAAGGUCUUCGCAUACUGAGCACACACUCAAACCACGGACCACACCCUGGCCCAGUGUGUCUUUUUGUAAGUAUGUGUUGCGUUAGAAUCCUGAAAGCAGACCCUGGAAUGAGAUUGCUUCAGUAGAAGAGUUGGUGGUUCUUGACCUGGCUCAGUGGGUUCUGCCCCUUCCCCCGGUUAGCAGCUAUAAGGAACUGGAUUUUUGCUUCUGGUGCAUGAGUUUGUAAUUAAAUCCUGUUUAAAUACCUCUGCCUUUUAAAUUCAAGCCAGAAAUAGUGGGAGAGGGAUUCCUGAGAUGCCAUGCUUCUGCCUCCCCUCUGAGAACCCUCCUGAUGACGCUGGGAGACAACACCCUGGCUCCAGGGAGCUGUGUCUGUUGAGACAGCAACAGGGGAGAACCACGUGACCUCGCGUCUGGCCUGCUUCACUUAAUGCCCUCCAGUGCCUUUUGCUUGUGCUCCAUGCUGCAAUUUGUUUCCCUGCUGAGUUUCCAGCAGGAACGUCCCAGGGUCACCUGAAGAUGAAGCUGGCCAUCUUUCAGGAGCCUAAAACAAUGGGAACUUGAACCUGCCUCCUGGGUUGGUCCUGGAGGCCAGGCUUAGGGACAGGAAGGGCAGCUGGGCCUGGCCACACUGGCCCCAGGAUGGCCUACACUGGCACAGGUGGGGUGCAGCUGCGACACUGGGGGGUGGAGUGGGCGGAGCAGAGUAGGUGGGGCAUAGGUAGGGUGCAAGUUGUGACCCCUUCCAGCAGGGAACAUCCGGGCUCAGGCGUGGCACUCCCACACUUGUCCUGGCGGUGAGCUUGCUGCCUGCCUCGAAUCCCAUCACAGCUGCUAUGGAGGCCUGGGCUGCAGCUCCGUUCCUCCUUCCACCUGCUCAGCCUGCACCCAGUGUGGCUCCAAGGGUCAUUACUGCUAUUCCCCUGGGUCCUGGUCUGCCUGUGCUCUGCUGCCCCUGGCUCUUCCACAUGGUCUCCAGCUCCCAGCCUCUCCUUCCUAUGGUCACUCUGCCAUGCCCUGCCUCCUCUUCUGUUCUCUGUGGGUGUUCUUUGCGGCUUCGUGUCCAUGUUGCCCAGGCCUCCAUGGCAGCUCUGAUGGGACUCGAGGCAGGCAGCAAACUCACCAGACCAGAGAUGCUGCUGCCACCAAACCAGGUGACAGGCCUUGCACCCAACAACUUAGGAGACCGAGGCAGGAGGGUCACAAGUUCAAGGCCAGCGUGGGAACUUAGUGAGGCGCUGUCUCAAAAUUUUAAAAAUGAAAAAAAUAAAAAGGGCUGCAGGUGAAGCUCAAUGGUGGAGUACCCCCAGGUUCCAUCCCCUAUGGUGAAAAAGAAGGAAAGGCCGAGCAUCUCUGCUAGUGACUAGCGGCCCUAGCAGCCCCUCCUGAGCAUCUGUGCUAGUGAUUAGUGGCCCCAGCAGCCCCUCCCGAGCAUCUCUGCUAGUGACUAAUGACCCCAGCAGCCCCUCCUGGCCUCCUCACUCAGGUAGCAGCCAAAGACAGGAAGAAGCUCAGUAAGGAGCUGGUAGGCAGGAGGCUGCUGUCUGUCUUCUUGGGUGCCACCUCAUGUGCUACCGUCCCGAGGCCUAAGGCUGGGCCCACAGACUGAGACUUCUCAGCCCCCAGUGCCCCCACUCUCACACCUGCAGGUCUCUGCUGGGCCAGACUCAGGCUAAGGCUUCCUGUGCAGUGUUAAGGCCCAAUACCCAUACUGAAGGGCCUCCCCACAGGCAUGGCUGUCUUGCUGCUCUGCCUCUACCCCGUGACCCCUCUCACUGUCGUUAGCAUUCCCGACUACAGCAAGUUCCCCAGAAACAGGGCUAUGACCCCAUGCUCAGCCUCGUCCUACCACAGAGGUGCCUAGAGUGCCAACUGGGGAUAACAGAAGAUGGGAGGGCGGGCACAAGAGGGGCAGGUCUGAGGCCCGCCACUGAGUGGGGUGGGGGCAUCUGGGACUGAGCAUGCUGGAGCUCUGCUGAGCUCUCUGAUGAGCCACUCAGCCCCCCUGAGCCACCUGGAGAUGGGAUCCUGUGCCCUCCAACCAGCUGAAAGCGACCCUCCCUAUGGGAUCCAGAGCUGACAGAAACGACAGCAGGGGGCCCUGACACCUCAGUGUCUAUACAGCUGCUCCAGAAUUGGGCCUCCAAGGCCAAGGUCACCUGAGGCCCCAAGGACCACAUUUCUCCCAGAAAUAUGGGUUGGAGAGAGGAUGCUGGUGCUGUCUGGUGAGGCAGGUGGCCAGACCCCAUCUACUCCACCCCUGGCAGAAGCUCAGGAGAAGGAGGCUCAUGGGAGUCAUUGCAGAGCUGGGAGAUGUGGCUGCAGGUACCUCUGGCCCCUGGCCACCCUUACGUCAGAAGCUGGGUUCUAACAGCCAAUGUAGCAGAGCACCUGCCCACUGUGCCUUCUUACCACUGCCCUUCUGGUCUGGCCAGAUCCAUGUGCUUGAGUUGCUGUGUCUGGCUCCAGGCAGAGGGCUUUUGGGCGUAAAAAAAGGAAGUUGUUUUGAGUUACCCAUGUGGAACUGCCCGAGAGCUAGGCAGAAGAUCUCUGUCGUUUCCACAAGAUUUGCAGGUAUCUCCUCUUUCUUUACCCCCUUUUGGAAACAGCUCUGUUUCUCAGAGGUGUGAGAUCACUUCUGCUCUAUUUUGUUUCAGAAACAUCUGAAAAUCAACGGGUAGAGAUGAAUUUUAUGCCAACUCUGGGCUUUCCUCCAUCCAAAUUACACAUUUAUUGAGAAGAGCUAUGUCUGUAAUUUCCACAGAACAUGAAAAGAUCAUUUAAGAAAACUGAGAAGCAGAGUGCUCUGCUCCUCGUAUUGUAUUUGCACAGCAGUUCUGAUUUGGGCUUUUUGUAGAGUUUUGUAAUUUUAUUUCCAGUGCCCCAGGUUGGCAAGAGAUCUGUCCCGUUUCCCUCUCCUGGUAAAUAAACCUCUAGUCAGAGCUGUA